UUAUGUGUCAUUAUAUAUAAAAAAAUAAAARUAGUAUUAUAAUAAAUUAUUAUGUACAUGUGUGCUUUAGUGAGAGCUGAGUACGAUUAAUAUAGUUAAUAUUAAUAUAAUUCGAAUACCUGUACGAUGAAAGUACGUACGUGUGCGAUUUGAUAUUUGUUUUUUGGAGGUUUCGCGUGUCAUUUCCAACAUCACUAUGUUCGUUUUCCACAAAGUACGUAAAAAUGUCCCUCACAUCAAGCAAAACACCGAACUGCUGUUCAACAACACCGGGCCAUGUAUCAAAAUCAUAUCGUGCGUGCUGUCUGUGUGUUAUUUUUUUUCGUUUUGGUCCAAGGGCUCGACAUUGUUCGUUGUGACGCCCGGUUACUUGUUUCCGCCAUCGUUCUGGCUAUGGACACCAUUCACAUUCUGUUUCUUCGAAACGCACUUGUGGCAAGUACUACUCGACAUCGCCAUGGUGGCUGUGUGCAGCAAGCUCAUCGAACCCUUGUGGGGUGAACUACAGGUUGUUGUGUUCUUUGCCGUCGUUAAUAUCGGAGUGGCGUUGGCAUGCGCUAUGUUUUAUUACAUGCUUUACAUGUGCACCUGGGACCCGGAAUUGUUGUUCUCGGUGCAUGUGCGUGGCUUGGCGGGAUAUCUAGCUGGCGUCACCGUUGCUGUAAAACAGAUCAUGCCCGAUAGCACCGUGCUUGACACACCUGCUGGUCGCAUCACCAACCGCAAUGUACCAUUGUACACAAUAUUUAUUUCACUCGUACUAUGGUUCAUCGGUUUUGUCGAUGGCACAAAACCGACAAUGGUCAUCAGUGGAGUGUUGACGAGUUGGACGUAUUUGAGGUUUUAUCAGAUACAUUCAAACGGAACCAGAGGUGAUAUGGCUGACAAUUUUACUUUUGCAAGUUUUUUUCCAGUUAUUGUCCAACCACCGAUUUUAGUGUUGUCUAAUUCAGUAUAUAGCAUUUUUGUAAAGGCUGGUAUAUGCAGAAAGACUGUACGUAGAGUUGAUAUUGCCAGUGCGCCAACUGGUAUUACUGUGGCAUUGCCUGGCAUUCGAUCACUUGAUAUGGACAGAAGAAAAUUGUUAGCCUUAAAGGCUCUUAAUAGCCGAUUAGUUGAUACUACCAAAGAUACACCAAGAAUGGAUAAUACAGAAUCUGAAAGAAGAGACUCUGUAGUUAUAUCCAUUGGAGAUACAGAACAGAAUACAAGACUAUCACCUACCAAUAUGGUUUCGAAUAAAACAACGUAGUUUACCUAGUUGAAUUAUUAAAUGAGUAAUAUAUAAUAAUUUAUUCAUGUAUUUUCAUAAUUGUAAUUUACUCUACUAUACAAGAGUCUAGAAAGUAUAGAAACAUUUUACAUUGUUUAUAUGCACAUAUAAAAUAUGUUCUGUUUGUUCUAAACACUCAGUAUCUAUUUUUUACAUUAUUUAUUGAUUUGUUGUACAUUUGUUAAUAUUGUAAAUAGGUAAACUAGGGUAUUUUAAUAGCUGAUUAA